AUAAACCAGUCGCCUUUCUGCGCCUCAGCUGCGCGAUGCAAACUGGAGGAAUGCGUAGCAAAACCCGGCGAUCAGUUGGAGUUUCAUAACGGGAAACCCGCGUUUUUCAAUGGUAUUUCCGAUCUGGACUACAUAAAGGUGUUGUACAAGAUGUCUCACCAGCAGCGGCUCGUCCAGCUCUCCGCCGCUUCGCUCGCGGUGGUCUUCAGUCCGGACGAGGAGAGUUUCCGCGCCGGCGGAGGGAACCUCAACGCCAACACUGCAAGUGGUCAAGAGAUUUUUGCGGACUUCAAAGCGCAAAACCUGCGGAGUUUCUGGAAUAAGAGACUCGUUCAGGCCUUGGCUGAAGUUUACUUUCAAGGAUGGAUGGAAAACUUGGUGCUUUUCAUUCAAGGGAACGCAAACAACCUGGAGGUGCUGAGAGAAGCGUGGAUGCGCAGGGCUCUGAGGUCACCAAAGGGAUUCAUCAUUAAAGCUGUCGGUGACCUGUCUCCGGUGCAGAUGUCUCCUGUCCCUCAGUCCCAAUUCAUUCCCUUGGCUGAGGUGCUGUGCUCGGUCAUCUCUGAUAUGAACUCCGCCCAAAUUACUGUCAGCCAGGAGUCACUUGUUAAUUACAUGAGCAAAGCCCAUCCAGGGAUAACCAUUCCCACUCAGGACAUCCUCUAUAAUGCACUUGGAACUCUGAUCAAGGAGCGCAAGAUUUACCAUACAGGUGAAGGCUACUUCAUCGUCACUCCUCAGACCUAUUUCAUCACCAACAACAUGGUCCGGGAGAAGAACUGGUGGACCUCUGGGUCAGUAGAUGACCUUCCUUUGCCUCCUCCUAUUACUUACCUUCUAAACAACGAUGUCUGUGCUGAGAGUACUCAAACGCUGCCUGUGGCCCACUGCAAGAGUUGCAGCUGUUUCAGCUCGCUUCAAACUUCCUCUAAUGUUGCUGCCACAACUGAAACAGCCACUGUCCCCUCCUCUACUGUCCAAGACCAGCAUUCUGUUUCUGUUUCUGUAAGUGAAUGUACGGGCAAAAGCUUGAAGUGGCCACGGCCGUCAGAUCACAAACCCACAGUCCAGCAUCAGUCUACCUCUACAGCGGCAGAUUGUCAGGCAAGUGAGAUCAGCAAAACAACUGUCACGACUAGUGCAACUGGUCGUAAAGAAAAAGACAACAAACCAGGGAGGAAGUUUGGCCUCAGUUUGUUCAGGAGGAAUGGAGCUAAGAAGGAGAAGCCAAAGAAGGAGUAUGCAUCAUUUUCAGGCCAGUUCCCUCCAGAAGAGUGGCCAGUGAGAGAUGAAGACGACUUGAACAACUUACCACGUGAUCUGGAGCAUGCUAUCAUCAAACGCAUCAACCCUGAACUGACUGUGGAUAACUUGACACGCCACACAGUCCUAAUGAAGAAGCUGGAAGAAAGAAGGGAAAGGGGGAUAGACAGGGUGUUGGAUAAGGGUGUGGAUAAAGAUGAAAAGGGAGUUGACAAGGGAAUGUCUACUGACGUCCUUAUGUUUUCGAAACACAGACAUCAUCACUCGUCUAGAGCAGGGGGAGGGAAAAGAUCUUCUCAGAAGCCCUCUCGCAGCAAGAGGUGGGCCCAUUCAUCCAGAGACAAGCAGCAGGAAAGGGAAACAGAAAGGGUUAAAAGUAAGGCCCACAUAUAUGCAGACAAUUAUCCAGAAAGGGAUGAUUUGAUCCCAGCUCAGCUCACAGUGGAAAUCUCUGUUGAUGCACCAGAUCAAGUGGAAGAGGCUGGAACAGUUGAAGGAAAAUCUCUUUAUAAAAAACGCAUUGAAAACCCUUUCCAGACUCAUCCAGUCAGAGAAGCUGAGAACAUAAUUCCUACUUCCAAAGAGCACAGAAGGCGAGAGGUGAAAGAGGGCAAGGCCUCCGGGCUUGGAAGGAAGGAAAGAACGAGUCACCGCUCCAAAUCAUGGGACCCACAUCGGGCCAAAGUGAUGGCAGCAGAUGGUGAGAAUGCAUUGAAACUCCCCUCAUCUGAGGACAGAUAUGACAGUGCCCAUGAGAGGGACUUUACAGCUGAUCAUCUGCUCCAACCAAACCAGAAGCUUAACAGAGAGUUACCUUUGGACUACAGCUCAGCCUAUCCACAGAGCAGCACACUCCGGAUAGAUGACAAGGUCCGACAUCAGAGCGAGGGAAACAAGGAGAGCUGGGAGGAAGAAUGCAAAAAUAGGAAACAUCAGCAUGCUCAAGGCUACAAAAAUGUCCCAGACGAGAGCCAAAAUACAGAUGGCAGUCUUGCUAACAUCCAACAAUAUUGCAGCUUAAAUGCCAUUCCUCCUAUGCAUCCCUAUGAACCUGUCAUAAACCACCCAUAUGACCCAAAUCUCCUCUGGCCUAAGCCGUCUUUACAGCGGAAACAUUCCCUCAGACUCUCCAGUCAACGGGAUGAUGUUCAGAAGUCAGAUGAGCUUUCUGUGAUUACACCUACUGAGGAUCAACAGGAGAUAAGACCAAUCAAAAACAGAGAGCAGAGGACCAUGAGUCAGGGAGGGCAGCUGGAACUGACACCUGACCGCACUUCCCUAAUAACAGACACUGAUGCCUUUAUAGAAGACAACUUUAGACUCUACCAGAGAUCAGCUGAGCCUGAGGAUGAUGAUGCCUGCAGCUCCUUGUGUCUGAAUGUUGAGGAGAUCCUUGAUGCUGCAGAUGAGUAUCAAAGUAGUGUAGUAAAUUACCGCAGCCACCAGCUGGUUAACCAUGAUCAUGAAUCUUGUGUACAACAUCAGGGAUCUCACAGUUACUAUUAUAAAACCACUUUUCAACAGCCACAAGUUGCCUUCAAGCCAGAUUUAAUGGAGAGCACUUUGAGAGAUCAAAUUUCCCCUGCAGCCCAGAAGGGAGCUUCCCUCAACCCCAUAAGAACUGGAGAGACCAGGUGGAGACUCCGGGAUCUGAGGACUAUAUCACUGGGCAUCCAAAGUACACCCAGCCCCAUCCAAGGGGAAAGACAGCAUGAACUUAACAUAACUGUGGACUGUCCAGAGGCAUGUGAAGUGACAGACAGCAGCAUAUUUGACUACUGUCAGGCCAGUGAGAUAGAAUCAGACUCUGAGACUGUCAGAAAGUCUGCUGAUGAAGGUGAUGGCAAGUCUGCUCACUGGGCAGCUGAUGUGGAGGAAGUGCAGGAGGAUGAGAAGGGUGCUCCUGAAAACAUGCCUGAUGGAGCCAGAAGGGCAGAGGCUGGAGAAAUGGUGGAGAUGGUAGAGAACCAGAGCAUCACAGGAGACAGUGGAAUAGAUUCCCCUCGGACCCGCGUCAGUCUGGGCUCCAGCAACACAGUCAUCCUCGAAGGUCUCAAGAGAAGGAGCUUUUUGCAAAACCUAGAGAAACUUCAUUCAAAGAGCAGCACCAUUCGACCACAGAGCUCACUGCUGCAACUAACUCCUGUCAUGAAUGUAUAGGCGGCCCCUGCUGAAAUGUUGGAGCUGACAUGCUUCAGUUCACUGUGAAAAGGCCAAAACCAUCUGCUUGAAUCUGCAGUUGUAUGGAAGUGAUAUAAAUUUAUCCAGUCGUUCACUUUUUGCAGACUACCUCCACAUACUGUGAUGACAGGAGUCUUUGUAAAGAUGUACAGUAAACAUGUAUCUUUGUAAAUAAUUUCUAAAGUAGCCUAAUGUGUUAUGCUUUACCCAUCAUUAGACUAACUUGCAUAUGUGCUAAUAAAGAGCACACAUUUUAUAUUAAUGCAGUUUUCUUUCUCCACUUGUUCAAAGGAGCAAUAUUUUUUUUCUGUCAUGUAUCAUUUACCACAAAUAAAACCGUAUAUAA